UAGUGGAUUCAACUUGCAUGACACAAUCGUAGAAGAAAACACAACAACAACGAAGGCAGUAGCUCUCAUUCACGACGCAGACGAAACUUGGUGGCGAUUUUUUCUUUCUGAUUCGGCGAAGAAGACGAUUUCCACUCGUGUUCCGAUGGCGACUUCAAGUUCUACCGGACAUUUAUUGUAUGGACCCGAAGACCCGUCCGUCUUAAAUCUGCAAAAAAAUCACAUUUCAAAUAAACUCAUGAAAGAGGGAACAACCCAAGUAUUUAAAGUCAGAAGGACUGAAAGUAAGACUUGGGACGUCGACAUUCAUGAGAAUGUAAGAUAUUGGCUUGACGUCUUUGGUUUCAAAGGCAUGAUCGAUUGUGGGAAGCCAAUGAAGGUCGGCAAUGAGCUGAUCACGGCGUUGAUUGAGCGUUGGAGGCCGGAGACACACACAUUCCAUCUACCGAUCGGUGAGACGACGAUCACCUUGGAAGAUGUGCAAGCCAUCUGGGGCUUGAGGGCGGAUGGUCUCGUUUUCACAGGUCGUGACUAUCAUGACAACUUUCCAGAUUGGACCAGCAAGUGCCGCGAUCUGCUGGGAUGGAUACCAGAUUCAUCCACAGAGACAAAGCAAGGCGGUUUGCUGAUGACCGCGCUCAUCAACCAGACUAGGAUGCCACUGGGUGAUGACCUACCUACGUACGUUUACAUCCAAAGGGCACGUAUCCAUGCCCUAGUUUUAUUAGGAGGUCUCAUUCUACCGGACACCACGGGCUGUAAGGUGCCAUUUAUGUGGUUGAAUGGGCUUGGGGAUCCGGAAGAGGUGAAGAAUAUUAGUUGGGGAAGUGCGGCAUUGGCCUACCUUUAUCAUUAUCUGUGCGAGGCUUCCAUGGAUAAGAGAAAAGAGUUGGGCGGGCCUAUGAUCCUUCUGCAGCUAUGGGCGUGGGAAAGAAUGCCCACAUUGAGGCCUGCGUUCAUAGGACCAGUUGUGCACGAGCCAUAUACACCAUGUGGCGCCAGGUGGAAAGGAACAACACAGAUAGGAAAUGCUCCUAGAUACUCGGUUGAGCAUUACCGUGACCAAAUAUCUCUGAUUAGACCUGGCCAGUUUAUCUGGACGUCAUACGCACCUUGCAUACUGCCUGACUACUGCAAUGAUGUGAAUGGAUGCUCUUUGUGCGAAACCUACUUGGUAUGUUGGGCCUAUGUCGAGGCCCAUGAGCCUGGAAGAGUGCGCCGACAGUUCAAUCGGUAUCAGGAUAUACCGCAUUACGUAGAUAGGAUGCUAAGGAACGCCGAUCAUUUGGGCAAAAAUGAUCGGCGUGGCAAGAAGGGCAACAACUGGGCAAACACGCAUCAGUUCUACAUUGGGGAGUGGGACAUGAGGUACGAGAGGUUCCAAGCUGCCGAAAACGCCGUACCGAUGUCCAUGAAUAUUCCCAUGAACCCGGGGUAUAUGGCGUGGUAUAACAGGAUUACCGUGACGUACAUGACUUAGCCUGGGACACGGGCCACGGGUGGGAUGAACGAGUCGGCUGCUUCGAUGAGACUAUUUGUUGAGGGUUUUCAGCAGGUUUUCCAUUUAACUACGCAAGACGAAAUGGACCCACGAGUGCGCCAGAUUCGAGAAAUUGUGAAGAAUGUCCUCGAAUCUACGAACAACGCUGAUGUCAUGGAGUACCCCGCUUCGCAACAUCAGGAUGUGGUCAUGCCUUAUGAACCAGAAGUAGUGCCACGGCGUCGUGGAGUGCCUGGUGUUCGGACUGGGGGACACGGCUACACAAAGCAGUUUAGGAUGUCCCAGCCGUUGCCCGAUUAUGCCGCACCAGAGCCGCAGUAUCAAGAGCCUGACCCACCCCAGUGGUAUGCAUACCCGGAGCAUGAGUCCCAGUCACAGUGGGAGCGUCCCCAGUAUUCUCCUAGCCAGCCGGAGCCCGAUUGGACUCGUCGCCCAUAUUCACAAAGUCAAGACAUGCAGCAAUGGAGUGGAGCCCGAGCGUCGGUCGAUUCAUUCUUCCAGAAUUACCAGAUCGUGCCUCCCGUACAACCUGCCGAAGAGGAUGAUGCAUGAGAAGAAGAAACUGGCAACAUAGAGGAGGAAAACGAGGAGGAACAGAGCAUCCAUCUCGACCCUCGACCUUCUAUGGAGGGUUCAUCCCGCGGCGGGGUUGGGAAGCUCAUGAGUAAAGUGUACAAGAGACUGUCAACGAGGAAGAAUAAGGGGACUGGACCGUCUAAAUACACUCCGUCGUCGUAUAAGUAGAAACUGUAAUCCGGAAUAAUUUAUUUUGAUUAGAUGAUUUGUUGGAGAUUGCAAUAUUUUGGGUGAUUUUGAUUGCAAACUCAAUCACUAGAUUGUUGUGUUUUAUCCGGAAUAAUUUAUUUUGAUUGCAAACUCAAUCACUACAUUGUUGUGUUUUUUAUAAUUUAUUUGGAUUGCAAACUCA